CCAUUCCCUCUUUAGACUUUCUACCCAUCCAUCCAUCCAUCUAUCUAUCUAUAAUGGCCAGAAGCAGCACUACCAAGCAAAACAAGCGUUCUACUCUUGCUGAUGUUGUUACAAGAGAAUAUACCAUUCAUCUGCACAAGCGCGUCCAUGGAAUGGGCUUCAAGAAGAGAGCUCCUCGUGCCAUCAAGUCCAUCAGAGAAUUCGCUAGCAAGCAGAUGGGAACCAAAGAUGUUCGUCUUGACGUCAAUGUGAACAAGGCUAUCUGGUCCCACGGAAUCAAGAAUGUACCAUUCCGCAUCCGUGUUCGAAUCUCAAGACGUAGAAAUGACGAUGAGGACGCCAAGGAAAAGCUUUACUCCCACGUGUCCUAUGUCCCUGUCGCAUCAUUCAAAGGUCUGGAAACCAACGUUGUUGAUGACGAAUAAGUGCUCUCUUCGUCUCGGAAGCCACCAGGGAAGUAAAGAACAAUAACCGUGUACAAACCCAAAAAACGAUCUUCACUUAGCAUUGAAUAAUAUUAUAAAAUAAAAGAGUUGGUAAUUUCCAAUCAAGCCUCUAAACUUUAUCGUAUCUGUAUUUGGAUUUCUCGCUAUUUGAACCGUAUUUCCCCAUUUGCGUUAGAUCUUGGAGUCAGAAGGAGAUCUAGACUUCGUGCUACGCUGC